AUGGAACCGGAGCCGACCCUUGCCUCUCUCCUUGAGGCUAUCAACACCCUCACCAGCCAGGUUGGGUCCUUGCAGGCCCAAAUCCACUCUCAAGGCCAACAGCUCUCUGAGCUCAAAGCCAUAUGCAAGGAGACCAACAACCUUGUUGGCGACAAAGACCAGGGCGGAGCCCAAGCCAAGCCUGGCCCAUUGACUGGGCCUGUCACCCCUCCUACCCACUCAGGAGGGGAAGCCCACACUCCAGGCACGGUUAGGCCUGGCCUCAAGGCCCCCUUCCGCCCUUCAAGAGGAACGGGGUUUGAUUCAGAAGAGGAGGAAGAACUUGGGCGAGCCCCCAAAAAGGAGCCUUGCGACACGCCUAAGCGGAGCCUUAGCUCCCUCACCCCCUUCGAUUCAGGGUCCAGCGUAAAGCGGCCCAAAAUGGAGCUCCCAGAUCCAUACAAGGGAGACUCCAGGGGACGAAAGGCAACCCAGUGGCUAGACCAAAUGCUGCUGUGGGUCGCACUUCAUCAAGAUCAAUUUGAUGAAGAAGAACAAAUGGUUGUGUGGAUCCUUUACCACAUGACUGAUAAGGCCGCCGACUGGGCUCUCCCUAUCAUAGGGACUAUCAUCAAGGGCGAGGGAAACCCACCUACCACUAUCCCGGCCUUAACGGCCAAAUUCAAGGAAGCCUUCGCCGAUCCAGACGCGAAGAGGGCGGCUGCCAGGAAGAUUGCCGCAUUGACUCAGACCACGACCACGUCUGAGUACGUCACCGAAUUCCGCAAUCUCAUGGCGGAACUCGACUGGAACACUGAGGCGUACAUUGCCCAGUUCACGCGCGGCCUUCACUGGAAGGUGAAAGAACUCUUGUCCACUAAGGACAAUAUCCCCAACAACGACCUAGAGGCCAUAUUUGCCGCCUCAGUCAAAAUUGACAACACUCGUCGGGAAAACAAGGAAAACCGUCCUAAGAAGCUCCCUGCCAAGUCCCCGGCCACCGUGGCCACUUCCACCACUACCACCACUCAACGGGUCCGCCUCUCAGAGGACCCUAAUUAUGUCACACCGGAAGAAAGGGAUCGCCGCCGCGCGUCUGGCCUUUGUGUCAAGUGCGGCCAGAAGGGGCAUGGGAUCAAACAAUGUCCCAAUGGAUGGAAAGCCACCAUCAAGGAAGCCGCCAAGGUGGGAGAAGUAGAGUUGGAAAAAGAAUGA